AAAAACCUUCCCGGAGCCGCCGGCAGCUGCGCGGCGCUGCUGGAGCCGGGGCCGGGGCCGCUGCGCUGAGAUCGGGCGGGGAGGGCGCGAGGUGCCCUGCCGCGCUGCGCCCCCAAACCCUCGGGGGCCCCACCAGGCUGCGCGGGGCGCCGGGGGAGGGAGGCGUCUCCGGCCCCCGCCCUGCGGACCCCCCCGGGCCGCCGGCAGGCGCCAGCAGUGGGAGCCGGGGCUCUGCCGGGCGGAGCGCGGAGCCGGCUGGGUUGGGGCGCAGGGUCCCCGCAGCGGGGAGCCACCGGAGCUCGUCGCCGGACCGGGUCCCGCGGGAAGCGCUGCUGGCCCUUGGGAUCCCCAGCCCCGGCGGGCACCGCGGGGAUCCCCGACGGGCCAUGGCCAGACCAGCCGCCCAGCUGGGCGCCACGGAGCGGCUCCCGACCCCUCUGCUCGCCUCCCCGCCGCUGGGGGUGCCCGGGGCCGGCAUGGUCAGCCUGAAGAGCCUCCUGCAGGGGCCCAUCAAGAGCCCGGAGCGCAGGCCCAAGGACCUGAGCACCUGCCUGGCCAAGGAGAAGGAGCGGAAGAUGGAGGAGGAGGAGGAGGAGCUGGGGGGCGCUCGGGCGGGCCAGUGUGCCUACUUGGGCUCCCUGCUGUGGGAGCGGACCCUGCCCUACAGCGAGAUCGAGUACGUGGACCUGGACGAGUUCCUGCUCGAGAACGGGCUCCCCCCCAGCCCGGUCCAGCCGCCCUUCUCCCCGGCCAGCCAGGCCACCCGCUCGCCCUCCAGUGGCAUCGCCGUGGACCUCAGCCGCCCGGCCUCCUGCACCUCCUCGGCCUGCUCCUCGCCCGCGGAGUGCCCGGGCAGCAGCGACGGGGACCAGUGCUGCACCACAGCAGGUCCGGUGACCCCCGCCUCCCGGAACACGCCCAGCCCGGUGGACCCCGAGGCGGUGGAGGUGCUGAUGAACUUUGACCCGGACCCCGCGGACCUGGCGCUAUCCAGCAUCCCGGGUCACGAGACCUUUGACCCCCGGAAGCACCGGUUCUCGGACGAGGAGCUCAAACCGCAGCCGAUCAUGAAAAAGGCGCGGAAAAUCCAAGUGCCGGACGAGCAGAAGGAUGAGAAGUACUGGAACCGGCGCUACAAGAACAACGAGGCGGCCAAGCGGUCGCGGGACGCCCGGCGGCUCAAGGAGAACCAGAUCACGGUGCGGGCCGCCUUCCUGGAGAAGGAGAACGCCGUCCUGCGGCAGGAGGUGGCCAGCAUCCGCCAGGAGCUCUCCCGCUACCGCACCAUCCUCACCAAGUACGAGUCUCAGCACGGCGCCUUGUAGGACGCCGGCCGCCUGCACCGCCACGCGCCCCGGCCCCCCCGAGGACGGGGGGGGCUGCUUUCCCGCAGCCAGGGGGCGCCCUCUUUCCCCCUUCCCCCGCUCCUGGGCUCCCCCCCUGCGGGGGCUCCAGCGGAUGGACCAGGAGCAAGGAGAGACACUGGCUCGGACCUGGACCCUGCUCCCCCUUCCCGGGCGGAAGUGGGGAGCCAGGCUGACUCUUUCCCGGGGAGCGGGCCGGAGUGUGUGGGGGGGUCUGAACUGGUGACGCAGCCCCCCCCCAGCCCUGCAGCAGGACUAAGCGGGGGUUUGGGUGGGCGUGUGCACAUACGCCCCGCCCCACCGAAUGGAAGAGGUGGGUGGGAGGCACAGAGCCAAUCGGUGGCAGGGUUAUCUGAUGAGGGGGAGGGGCUGGGAGCCAGGACUCCUGGGUUCUAUCCCUGGCUCUGGGAGGGGAGUGGGGGCUAGUGGUUAGAGGAGGGGGGCUCUGGCCUCCUGGAGCUGAGGGUAGAACCCAGGAGUCCUGGCUCCCAACCCCCCUUGCUGGAAAAGAGACCAAGGGCUGUUACUUUGCCAGCUCUUGUGCAUCACCUGCUGGUGGCGAGUUGUAAUAGGCACCUGUGGCUUCUAUCAGUCACAGCCAGGGACUGGGUGAGGGGGCUGGAGCCUGGGGGGUCCUUCACCCUAGUGCCCCCCGACUCCCCCUCCCUUCUUGCUUCAAACUGCUUCUCAACAGCCAAAUUUCAGAGCAAGCAAGGCCAGGGGGUUGGAAUCCCAGGACUCCUGGGUUCUCUCCCCAGCUGUGGGAGUGGAGUGGAGUCAAGUGGUUGCGGGGGGGGGGGGGGCGGACCUCUGACCUCCCAGGGCAGGGAUAGAACCCAGGAGUCCGGACGCCCAGCUCUCCACGACCCCACUCCCCACCCAGAGCCGGGGAUAGAGCCCAGGAGUCCUGGCUCCCAGUCCUUCUCCUUUAACCCUUUGCACUCUGACCACUUUUGAGGCGCCGGUGUUGCUGGCAGGGGGGGCGCGCGGCGCGUCCCCGCCGGGACACUCCACGGGUUUGCACAGGGGUUCAGAGCAGGGUGGUGGGGGGAGGGGAGAGUUCUUCUUAAGUAUUAUUAUUAUUAUUAUAAUGACUCGCUCUAUAUUUUGUUAAGUGCGGCCGGGGUGUCCGGGCCCCGCGUCCUGUGUCUCCUGGCCCCGCCCCCUCUAGCCAGCUAGGAUUUUCCAGGGUUUUUCUGUCUUUUCGGGUGUUUUUACAAAGCCGGGACCCCAGGCGCCGCCCCACGGACCCUGGGCGUUUACCGGCCCGCCGGAUCCUUGCCCGCGGGCUGCUUUUCUCGGGGAGCGGGCGAGGCAGCGCGACAGAGCCAGGCCAUCGUGGGGAGAAGCCAGUGAGCCGGCCCGUGGGAGAGCUCCGCUUUCGCAGCAGGGCUGGACGGACGGACGGACGGAGGCAGCGCUUCGAAAGCAGCGCGUGGAUCUAUUUUUUCAGGGGGGGACAGACAGACACACACGGCUACUGCAGCUCAGCACAAGAGGCCACCUUUUGGGGGGGGGGGGCGGAAUGACUAUUCCAGAGCAGCGCAGGAUCUGCAUGGGGGCGGGCGGCCGCAGCGAUCUCAGGCCGGCACAGGAUUGGACGAUGCCGUUUUAUAUUUUUAUGGAGGAGGAGACUUAUUUCAUACAGAAAGAAACAAAUCUAUAUAAGGGGGGGGUCCGAGGUCCGGCUGUCACUGCCGAGGGGAGGGUCUUGGUGGGUUUUUUCCUUUCCGAAUGCAGAUGGGCGGCCGGCCGCUUCCGCUGGCUGGUGCCAAUUGUACCAGGGCAAUAAAGAAGCCGAGAAAGCGAUGAACAGA